GGCAAAAUGAGGCUGAUCUAACCCGCCCAUGACAACCAUCACCAACCCACACACAAACAGCGGCGGCAGCAGCUCACGAUCACAUUCACUCACUCAACAUGAAAACAAACGCGCUUUAAACACUUUAAAAACUCUGAAACUCACCGAGAUCGAGCCCCGAUGACGUCACCGCGGCAGAAGAUCGACUGAACUGGUUUAUUUCAUAAAUCUGUCAUGAGGAGACUUUAACAGGUGACCUGAAGGCUGAAGAUGAUGUUUUGCGUCGACCCAUCGGAGCAGUGACAGACAUGAACGGGAAAGGCUGUAAUCUGAUGGUUUCUCCCUCCAGUAUGGCUCAGGUACCUCAGCUGAGGAUCCACACGGGUCACUCCUCUUCCCCAUCACUCCAUCCCGACACCACAUCUGGAAACUCGGCCCUUCUUCCCGCGCUGAGUCUCCGCCGGCAGGUGCUGACUAAUGGGAAGUUGGGCUUUCCGCAGUCAUCACGACAUCAAGCUCCGUCGCUUUCACUCCCAGCAUCCUCUUCCAAACAAUCUGUUCGACCCAGCUGCACGGACAAUGGUACGAAAGGUUACUUGUCAGUGGGGAUGAACAGAAACGUUUUUGGGCCGUACGGCAGUUCGAACCUGCAGGUGACGAGCAACGCCAUGCUGGUCCACAGUCUGGGUCCGGUUUCUCCAUCCAUCCCACAAACUUCAGCCCAAAACGCUCCACCUCAUUCACUCGCUGUUCCCUUCACUGAUGCCAGGUGUUUGCUGUCCAGAGAAUCUUUAGCCUCGACCACCCUCAGCAUUGCCGAGACACAGUCGAUUCGCAGCAGUAAGUUGGACUGGCCGUACGGAUACCGAGUUCUGCCUCCUCUGGGGCUUCAGCAGGCAUCAGAAGCAGCUGAUCUGAAUCUGGUUCCCUGCACCUCCAUGUCUGAAUCCGUGUCCAACCCCACAUCUCUUCCUCAUUAUCUCUUCAAGGAGGACGGCAGCAGUCCGCGACUCUCGGCCCGCUCCAAAAAGAGAGCGCUGUCCUUGUCUCCUCUCUCAGACGGCAUCGGCCUCGACCUCAACUCCAUCAUCCGAACCUCACCCACGUCGCUGGUGGCGUAUAUAAUCGGUUCUCGAAACUCUCCAACUCCUUCACCUCUGCAGUCGGAUGUUUGCGGACACCUGCUGGGCAUCAGAGGCAGCUGCAUCCCUCAUCCUAAUCCUGGAAAACACGUUAGCACAAACAAGAGCGUGUGCGUCCAGACUGACACCGAGAGUUUCCGCAUGCAGCAUUUGGAGGCAACGCCACUAGAAGAUCAAUUCACCAAUCUAGUGGUGAAGCACCAACAGGAGAUCCAGAACAAAAACACAUCUAACAGCCUGUCGCCUUCAAUACAGCUUCAGUUUUCCGCCAUAAUCAGGACGCCCAGCCCGCCCAGAGGUCCUCCACCGCCCUAUAAUGCCCAUCAGCAUCUACGAUGCUCUCACAGUCAGAACCCAAUGGUCCUUCCUUCAACUCUCUGCCCAAUGCUGGAGGAAGAUGAAGAGGAAGACGUGAGUGGAGGACACUGCUGCCGCUGGCUGGACUGCGGUGCAGUUUACGGCCACCGAGAGGAGCUGGUCAAGCACAUCGAGAAGGUCCACGUUGACCAGCGCAAGGGUGAGGACUUCACCUGUUUCUGGGCUGGAUGUCCACGCAAACACAAGCCUUUCAACGCCCGCUACAAACUCCUCAUCCAUAUGAGGGUCCACUCAGGGGAGAAACCCAACAAAUGUUCGUUUGAGGGCUGUCAGAAGGCGUUCUCCCGCUUGGAGAACCUGAAAAUCCAUCUGAGGAGUCACACGGGUGAGAAACCCUACGUAUGUCAACAGCCCGGCUGUCAGAAAGCCUUCAGCAACUCCAGCGAUCGUGCCAAACACCAGCGCACGCACGUCGACACGAAACCCUACGCAUGUCAGAUCCAGGGCUGCGGCAAACGCUACACAGACCCCAGCUCUCUGCGCAAACAUGUCAAAUCACACUCCUUGAAGGAGCAACAAGCCAGGAAAAAGUUGAGACGCAGUCAGGAUGGACUCGCAGAGUGUUUGACGGUUCAGCCGCUGCAGCACAGCCUCUCGCCACUGGACCUGAUUGAGACCAAGCACCAGUCACCCACUGAUGAUCUCUACACUGUUUUCACCCUAAACCAGCCCAGCCAAACAAACACCCUAAUGCAGAUCCCAGCCGGUCCACAGACUCAUCCGGCUCCAAACGUGCCGCUGCCUCCUUUACAGGGUAACAACAGGUGUAGGGUUCCUGUGUCGUCUUCAUCACCUCACCACAGUCUGACCCUAAACACUCACAAACUGCCCAGAUACUCCAACCAUCCCAGAACAUCCCAGCCUGCGGUUCAGGACAGUUUCUCUGGUGAUGCCCGGACCGUGUUCUCAUACAGUGACUCACCGCAGGCCGCCAAGCAGAUUUCUUCCUUUUCCAUGAUGCAGAUGCCCAUGUUUGAGGACAAUCUGGUCUCCUCAGACGCGUCUCAGCCCGAGCUCGACCUGCUCCACAGAACCAUCACUGUGUUUGAUUGCCAAUCCGGACCGGAGGGGUUUUUGGGAGAGCAGCUGCCUUCGGUGUCCGAGGACAAUUAUCUUCACAUCCCGAGAUGCCCGAGCCGGACCUCAUGUGUCUUUACUGAAGGAUGAACACUUCCUCUCCAGCGGAUCAUCAACCCAACCAGUUAUUUCCAGUGUGUUUGUGUUGUUUAAAUCAUUGAUGAAGAACUUUCCUGAAGGACACUUGAUCAUGUGAGAAAUGGACUUCAGAUGCAGUAUUUGGACAUUUAAGCCAAACUUAAACUGUAGAUAAAAUAUCAAAGCAAGCGUCUUCAUCUGUGGAUCUUUUUUUUUUUUUUUUUUUUAAACCAGACAAACUUCUUUUUGCCAAAUGUUUAGCUUAAAAAGCAUGUUUGUGCAUCUUUCCUUACAAUAAAUGACACAUGCUUCGAUGUUUUAAAAGUAACAAGUGUUUUUUCAUGAAUAAGCAAAACUAUAAAUAUAUCAUGUCAACAAAAUGCACUUAACACAGAUUAAAGCCAUACCGAUAUGUAAAUAUUUAUGCAUAUGUUUGUACAGUUUUAAAUCAUCUUUGAACAUUGAGGUUUGCAUUAUAACCUUGUUUAGCUCUUGAGUUGUGCAUUUUAUUUAUAGAUAAAAUGUUUAAAUUCCUCCAAAACAGACCAGAAUGUCAAAAUAUCAUUGCUUUUUCUUAAAUGCUCUAAUCUCAGCGAAUUGUUAACAUUAAAUUUAAUGAUUUUCUUUUGGAAAACAUACAUAUCUAAAAGUUUUUGCAAGAAAAAAAGCAUCUGUUGUAAAAAGUAAGGUAACACUUUAUUUUCAGGUGACGUAGUUACACGUUACUACAUGUACUUACUAUAGUAAUAACAGUAAAUUAUGCAUAAUUACAAGUAACUAGUCCUAAACCAAACUUAAACUGUAAAAUGUCAUUAGAUAAAAUAUCAAAGCAAGCGUUUUUAUCUGUGGAUCUUUUUAAAACAUCACUUUUGGACACAAAACUUCAUUUCCAAACAUCAGUUCUUUUUUUUUUUUUUAAAAAACCAGACAAACUUCUUUUUGCCAAAUGUUUAGCUUAAAAAGCAUGUUUGUACAUCUUUCCUUACAAUAAAUGACACAUGCUUCGAUGUUUUAAAAGUAACAAGUGUUUUUUCAUGAAUAAGUAUAAAUAUAUCGUGUCAACAAAAUGCACUUAACACAGAUUAAAGCCAUACCGAUAUGUACAUAUUUAUGCAUAUGUUUGUACAGUUUAUCAACUACAAUCAUCUUUGAACAUUGAGGUUUGCAUUAUAACAGUUUAGCACUUGAGUUGUGCAUUUU